AUCAUGAUGUACAAUUGUUAAAUUCCUGAAAUUAAAUUCAAAGACCGGUUUUUUUAGUUAUUGUAUUGACGUUAUGUUGACAUCGAAAAGAACUUGCUGAACAGAUGAAGAACGAAUCCACGAACGGACGAAGUAGGUAGUACAAUUUCAACAAAACAAAUGUCCGAUUCUUGUGCCCAUUUCCAGUUUCAAGAAUUCUCCAUACGUAGACGAAAGGAAUCAAGUUUCAUAAAUAAUGGUGUUUGCGUUCACAUUAUGUUCAAUACAAUAUUUCGAAUAAACCGUAAACUGUAGUGCCUGAUGUUGUUCAAAUUCCGAGUGAGGUUAGUGAAAUAGUGGUCACCUUUCACCUUAGCAAAAUCUUAGAUUGAUUUGAUCAUAAUUGUGCUAUUCGUUACUAUUUAUAUGGGGCAUGGAUGUUGACUCUAAGGAACGGUUUUUGCGAUGGUGAUAGCAAAGAGCAAGAAAGUUAAACCAACAAUGAAUAAUACUAUAAAGAACAUGGACUAUAAUUGGACUCCUGCACCAGACCCACCUAAUGACCAAGAUGCAGGAGCAGCAAGAGCAGUUUUCAUGCCUCAUUCGAAUUCGUUGCCAUUUGAAGAGCGUCGUGUAACUUUGGAACAACCUGUUAAGAUUGGGCGCAACGUGUAUCGGAUGUUGGCUAGCCCCACGAAUACGAUAUUUGAAUGUCGGGUAUUAUCGAGACACCACGCUACACUAUAUUAUGACAAGGGCCACUUCUACCUUGUGGACAAUUCGAGCAGCAACGGCACUUUCGUCAACAAGUGCUCGCUGCCCGAGCAGGAGCCACAUGAGGUAUUCUCUGACGACGUGGUGCAGUUUGGCAUACCCGUUGUUGAAAAUGCCGGAAAUUCUGAAAAGAAUACGUUUCCACCAGUGGUCGCCCUCUUGAAACUGUUCCAUCCGGACGGCACUGAAGCCACAUCCACCUUUAACCCCACGAUGUCCACACCGCUACACCUCGAACAGCUGUAUCAGCUCAAUAACUAUGUACAGGAAGCGAUACAACGGGAAGCAUAUCUCGAGAACAGGUUGCGCACGUUGCGUGAGUGCGUGGAACGGACGCGUACGGAAGCGCAGGCGUCGUGGGAACUGUUCGUCGGCGAGCAGCGACUUCUUAUGCGCGUGCACACGCUCGAGGCGAUGCUGUCCGUGGGCAAACAGCCGGACGCGCAGCACGUGGCGCAGCUGCUCAACGACAAGAGGAACUAUCAGGCAGUGGCGCAGGAGAGCCUCCGCUCUGCGCACGAGCAACGCCUAGCGUUAGAAGAGUCGCUGGAGCGGCGCAGCAGGGAGGCAACCGCCCUGCAACAGCAUAACUGCGCACUGCGACUGGCCGCCAACAACGCGCUCGCCGAGCUGCAGAAGCUGGCAGCGCGAUGCGAGCGAAAAAUGUGCGCGGCUCGACUCGCCAUCACCGCGGCGGAAGAACGAGAGCAAGCCGUCAAGAACCAACUGCCGCUUGCUUAUUCAGUACAAAAUGGAGAGGCGAAAAUGUUGGUGUUGAGCACAGAUAGCAACAAACUGCAGGAAGCGAAACGUGGCGGAUCUCUUGAAGACGCUGUAAGGGCAUUACCCGAUUAUAUCAAGCUGCUGCUACCUCAACAUUUGCUAAACAAGGUCGGCAUUAAAUUAAUCACAGCUGAGGGCAAGUCGGCGAAAGAAUUCGAGUUGAUAUUGAAUAAGAACAAUAUAUACAAUAACGAAACCAGAGAAAAACAACAGGCGGAAGAGGGCGACGUUGGUGUCGGGGGCAGUGGCGAGGAGAAAUCAGGUGAACCCGAUUCUUGUACGGACGAUGAGAAACAGUCGCGCUUAAAUAAUGAUGGAGGACACCCAGAGAACCCCAGUCCGCUGGACGGAGAGCUACGGCCUGACAAUAAUGCCAACUCUACAUACAACGAAUCCGCUGCCGAAGAUUCGCCGAGCAAAGCGGGCGUGGAGUACGCAAACGUCCUCCGCGUAAUGGCUGGCUUAAACGAAGAGAUCAGGGCAUUACGCGAGCGCGUGGCAGCCCGCGGUGCCGAGUGCGAACAACUGCGGACCGCGCGCGACGAGCUGCUGGCCGCGCAGGAGGCGCCGCCCGCGCCCGCAGCGUUGCCCGCGCCCGCGCCCCUCCCCGCCCUCCCCGCCCUCACCGCCGGGGAGCCAGACGACGCCGAGCAGCGCGCGCGCAUCGCCGACCUGCAGGCGCAAGUGAGCCGCGCUACGGCGGCGGAGCAGGCGCAGUUGAGCGAGGUCGCGCGGUUGGCGGCGAGCGUGGCGCAGCUACAGGCGGAGCUGGCGCUGCGGCCCACGCGCGACGAGCUCGACCAACUGGCCACCACCGCUGACCGCCUGCGACUGCAGUUGCGGGACAAGGAGCAGCAACUGGACCAACUAUGCGCUACCAACAAGUCAACGGCGGACGUCGCCGUGCUCGCGUGCCCCGACGACCUCAACGACGACUCCAUGGACCCCAAGAAGAUAUCCGCCGAAAUCGACGAGAUGUUCCAAUUGGACUUCGACGAAGAAGACGAGGAAGAGACCGAUUCGGUCGCCACCGAAAGCACCGAAGUCAUGAAGGAAGAGCGCGCGCCCGUCGAAUACGUGAAGAUCGGUGAGGAGGAGAGGUUACAGGUGACUAUGAGAAACGGUUCGUUGCACGCGUUGGAAGAAGAGUUAGUACGCGCUAAGGAACGAUGGGCGGAAGUUGCCGAAGAACGCGCGAGACUCGCGGCUGAGCUGGCCGUCUUACAAAGUAAAGGUACGGUGCGAGUUAACGCGUCGCAUAUAAUCGCCUUACUCGUUCCAUUUAUCGCCGCCUGCUUGUACUACGCUCUUCUACCGUACAUUUCUUGAUGCACGGCCACUUGGGACCCGCCCGGCUACACGUAGCCGCCGCCCCUAAAACCCCACCCUUAUCGCUACGACGCGACCUCUUGCUCACUCCCCCUAUUUCUAUCUCUAGGUCAAUAUUCAAAAGUUUGCGGUUUGUUUUCACUACAAGUGUGGUAGAUCAUCGCACUAUGUAACAUACGUUUUUAUGAAAUGCGUUUUGUAAUAUACAACUAAGAGAUCACGAUAAUUAUAGACGACAUGAUAAUUAUGUGAAAUGUAUAAAUAUUGUAUUUUUAGCGAAAGUAUAAUAUCAAAUGUAGAAAACAAACCGCGAAACUAAAUAUUCACCCCACUGUCACUCAGCGUGGACCAGUCGACGGAGUAGUCCUAACUAGCUCGCGUUGACGUCUCGCUCUAGUCAGUCGAGGAUAUGACAGUGGAUACAUUUCCUGUACAAAUAUAGCACUUAGUGCGAGGCAAUAAAUGUCAAAGCCGCAUGCUUUCAGGCAGGGUAGACAAAAAUAAAGACUAAAACCUUAUUGAAACAUUGCCUGGUGUUUUGAAAGGUGGCUUUUGCAAUACCCGUAUAAGCGCCGCGUUGACGAAAUCGAAUUGUAUCCACUGACAAGUCUCUGACUGUAUCUUCUCGCGACCGAAGGCUUGUUGUUUAUAAAUUAGGUGAUAACGUUAGCAGUAUAAUAUAAUAUGAUAGUAAGGGCGGGAAUACACAAUUAUGAUAAAAUGAAAUGGUAGGUAGCUAGUUUUAUUCAAAGGAGUGUGCGAACAAAUAACACAAAAGAAAUUGAUCAGAUUAAUUUAUUAUGGAAUGCAUCCGAAAUAAAUGGAGGGCAGGAUCAUGACAGGUGGUCAUACUAUGCCACGGGAGGCGAUGCUGCAUUGUAGAGUACAAAAUAUAGGGUAGCCAGCAUUAUAAAUUUGUCUUAUAUGUAAUUAAUAUAUUAUAUAGUCAAUGUCUAUUUAUUUAAUCUUUAAUUACUUGUAAACAAAAAUAGGUAGUGUUAUUCUUAUUAUAUAGAGGUACGAAGUACUGUUUGGCGACAAUUAACCAGUUACUGCUUAUGCGCGUAGUUGUUGCAUAUUAUUAUGUUCACACGAGCAAAAUUCCUCGCUCAUAUUAUAUCAGGAAAUCGAAUAUGCAAUUAACUUUUUUGCUAGGUAUGGUCUUGCCAUUGGACGUAUUCACGAAAAAGUAAAUGACUCGUGCAAGUUUACGAGCAAAGACAUGUGUAUUCCCGCUUGAAAAUUUUUGCGCCUUCGGCCCGCCUAUCUAAAUGUUUUCUGACGUCGCUGCGAGUAAACAGAGUAAAGAGUGGAUCCCACUAUUUCCAUUACGGAGUCCCAGUCACGUAAAUAUUUGGAUUGUUUAUUCCUGCUAUUUCCAAUGCGAUGGCGAUUUAUUUCCAAGAUUGAAUUAAAAAAACACCCUAGUAGGAUAAUUUAGUUAUGUAAUACUAGCAUUGCGUUUCGAAAUAAAGUGAAAAGGUAGAUUAAUUAAUGAUUUCUUUGUGACUAGGAUAAUGGGAUAUGACAGAAAAAAAGUUAGCUGCACAUUCAAAAAGUUUAUUCGUUUUUUAUAUGGAAUGGAAAUAGAGGGAUGUAUCGUGCGGGAGAAACUUUUUUGUCGACCGAGCUCUUGUCGAAAGUGCCAUUUACUAAAGCGGCGUCGCAGCCUCGCGGGCGGUCGGUGUACGUUGUUAUCGCAUGUAUAUAAUCUCUAGUAUUGUUUCUGUAAAAAGUGUCAGUAUCGUAUUUGAUAGAUAUAAAUUGAUUGUUGAUAUCUGCCAUAAUAAAUGUAAAUUUUAUAAUAUUAUUAAGGCCUAACGACUGUCCUAAGUUAUAAAAUUAUUGUUGUACGAGGUCUAUCGCAAUUUGUCAGCCGAACGUUGUUUAGCUGUGUUCACACGCGUAUACGCUGCACGUAUUUUUACAGUAUUCGGGUUAAAACGUAUCAGCAGUGGCAUGUUCAACAUAUAGGGACAUUUUUACUAUUUGAAACAAAUUCUUCUACAAAUUUGUGAAAGAUGCUCGUUUGUUUGUUUUUCAUUUAAAAACGAGUGGCAUCUAUUGUCAAAGAGAAUGUCAUACUAUGCGCUUUUGCAACCAAAUACAUUUAUAGUUCAUAAGGAUUGCUUGAUAAGUCCCCAUGAAUAUUCGUUGAAUGGUUUAGCUUUAGAUUAAUGCCUAUUGUGAACGUGUGAACAGUUCUUUAUAUAUUGAUCAGUAUAUAUUGCGCCACUACUUAUUGGAUAAGACGUAUACUGCAAAAACGUGCAUAAUAUUUUCGUGUGAACCCACUCCUAGAAGUCGUUUCGUUCCGUCGCGCGGGGGCGGAGCGCGACAGACCGCAUUGUUUUGCUUUCGGUUAUUGGGAGCUACAUAUCAUGGGUAGGUUACGUGCAUGGAGCAUUUACUCGACUUGGCAGUUACUUUUCGAAUCGUUUGCAUUUUUCUAGUCUUUAGAAUCGAGGUAGACUUGGUUGCAUGACGUCUUGCGCUGCGUUCCUGCGUUAAAUACAUAUUUUAGAUCUUAUUUAUAAAUGUCUUGAUUUGACGACGGUCGGUUCGCGCGUGCGCAUUUGUAGUGCUGCCGAAAAUUGGCAUAGAUUUUGACGAAUAGAGUUUAUAGAUUUUUUUCUUUGUUUAUUAUUUGCGGUAUUCGAGAUUAGUGUAGGCGUUUAGUGCAUGCAAGUUUGCCGUUUAUUUGCGUUUGUUUUUAGUGCCACUUACCCUCGAGAGUGGUCAGUAUGCGGUGUGAGAUAUCAGUUGGCGUUCAGUUAGUGCACAAGACAGGUUACCCGACGCUCUGUGGUCUUCCGCAAGCUAUUUUCCGUCGGUCGACCCUUGAUCGCUUUGCUCUGUGAUGUGAAGGCCAAUAGAUAAUUUUUGUAACAAACUUGUAUAACUAACGAUUUAUUGUAAUAUCUCUAGAAUAACUUUACCACGUUGAAGUCCACUGUCUAUAAAUAUUUAUUAUUUUAUUGUUGCACAGAUUUUGUUACAUUCAAUGUUAUAUUUUGUGUUUAAACCACCUUAUUGUAAAUAUAUUAUAUCUUAAUUGUACUCGUUCGUAUGUUUAGUUUCAACCGUGGAAGAUUUUUGUUUUAUUAUAUGGAUUAAAAUUAAUAAUGCAUUCAAUGUGGAUGUACUGAUAAAUUUAUUGGAAAUAAUAUUGAUUUGUUUAAAAA